AUGUGCACAGUGGAAGGCUGAGGCAAGAUGGUAGAGCAGGGUAACCAGGACACACCGGCACCCCCGGAUCCAUCCAUGGCCCAGGCUUACCCAUCAGCCCAGUUUGCCCCCCCUCCCCAGAACGGCAUUCCAACCGAGUUCACAGCUUCACACCCCCAUCCACAUCCACACUCCCACCCACAUCCUCACCAGCACCCAGCAGCACCGCAGGACUACACCGGGAUCCAGGCCUCCGUCAGCGAGCAUCCACUCAACAUGUACCAGUCCUCACAGAGCCACAGUGAGCAGAGCGCGUCGGACUCCGGCAGUCAGACGGUCACCGGCACAGCCACACAGACAGAUGAUGCUUCCCAGACGGACAGUCAGCCACCAACACAGACUGUACCUGAAAGCACAGACAGCAAGGCCCAGCCCAAGAGACUUCAUGUCUCCAACAUCCCCUUCAGGUUCAGAGACCCAGACCUCAGGCAAAUGUUUGGCCAAUUUGGCAAAAUCUUAGAUGUGGAAAUCAUCUUCAACGAGCGCGGUUCGAAGGGUUUUGGGUUCGUAACGUUCGAGCAUAGCGUGGAUGCCGACAGGGCCAGAGAGAAAUUACAUGGCACCGUGGUAGAAGGCCGUAAAAUAGAGGUCAACAAUGCAACAGCCCGAGUAAUGACAAAUAAGAAGACUGUCAACCCAUAUGCAAAUGGCUGGAAGUUAAAUCCAGUGGUCAGCGCUGUCUACAGCCCAGAAUUCUAUGCAGCAACAUGCAACCAGGCAAAAGGAGCCCACCUACGAGGUCGAGGACGGACCGUUUACAACACAUUUAGGGCGGCUGCUCCGCCUCCCCACAUUCCAGCUUACGGAGGUGUUGUUUACCAGGAUGGAUUUUAUGGUGCAGAUAUUUAUGUAAGUAUUAUUUACUGGUAUGACACUGCAUGCUAG